AUGGCGUCCAACCGAACUCGCCGUAUCACAAAGGAGAUCGCCGAUAUUCGUGCAGACACCCACUCCCAAAUCACCGCAGAGCCCGUGGGGGACGAUGACGAUGUCACGAACCUCCGCGGUACCUUUCCGGGCCCUCCUGGGACACCGUAUGAGGGUGGGACAUACAAAAUCGACAUCAAGAUACCCACCGAAUAUCCGUUCCGACCGCCUGUAAUGAAGUUCCUGACAAAGGUUUGGCAUCCAAAUGUCAGCAGUCAAACGGGUGCUAUUUGUCUCGAUACUCUGUCAUCCGCCUGGUCCCCCAUCCUCACCAUCAAGGCUGCCCUCCUCUCACUGCAGUCUCUCCUCAGCACGCCAGAGCCCAAGGAUCCGCAGGAUGCCGAGGUCGCGUCUAUGUUGCUUCGGAACCCCAAAGAGUUCGAUCGUGUUGCGCGAGAGUGGGCUGUUCAACACGCAGGAGCGCCCAGAAAAGCGGCCGGAGAAGGUAGCGGUGGUGCUACUACUGAAUCCUUACGGCAGUUGGAGCAGAAGGAGAAGGAGGACAGAGACAAAGAAGAUUUAUCCAAAUACGACGGGUACAACAGGCAACUGAUUGAUCGAUUUGUUCAUAUGGGUUUCGAUGUGGAUCAGGUUGUGUCAGCUUUCAACUACUACGGUAUUGACCGCAAUGGCGGCGAGGACUAUGAAUUGGAGGAAGCCUACAUGGGCGAUGUAACCGCUCGACUCCUCGGCGAGCCCUAA